AUGAAAUUGGAUGCAAAAAUAUAUCAAGAAGCACACCGUUUGGCGCUGAUGCCCCGGAUGAGGAUGCUAUUCUACGGAAUAAUUUGUGGAGCAGCUGUGCCUACCAUGUACUUGAGAUCCUAUUAUCUUCCUCACAUAAGGAAACAAGAACUCAACGAAAUCAAUGCGCUGGGCUCUAAAGUCAAGCUUUUGGAAGAACGGACAUCUAACGUAGAACAUCCAGGCGUGAGUGCGUCAGAGGCUGCAGUGAACUUACUGAGGUCGAGCGAAGAUCUGGGUGCGCUGGCGGGUGUGGGUGAUAUUCCAAUCGCAGCAUGGCACAUCCGGGGUCGCAACAGAUACGCAAAUGACGAGCAAUACCGAAAACUCGUGGAAGAGGCAAACACCAUAAUGAUGUCCUCCAUAAUGUGA